GUUUCAUUUCAACUACUUGUAAUUUGUUUCCUUAUUUCUUCUAGCUGUAGACCUUUAAUAUAUGUAGAGAUGUCAUUUAGUUGAUUAGAAAGUCGAGUUCAGUGGGUGCAUGCUUCCAAGAUCAUAUUUUUUCUUCUGUAGAUGAUGUAUCGAGCCGUAGGAUUUGGCUCCCGGAGUGGAGGUUUGAAACCAUGGAUGAUUGCCCUUCUCAUCCUGUUAUUACUGAUUGUGGUGGCAGUAACCAUCGGUCUUCUGGCUCACUUCUUAGCCCCUGGCCAGAAAAUAGAGUAUUAUCGUGGUACCUUUAAAAUUUUAGACGUACCAAUCGGUAGUAAUUCUGGACAAAAUGACAUAUACCAACUUAAGGACUUAAAGGAGAUGAGCGAAAACUUGGUGGAUGAGAUAUUUAUAGAUUCGGCCUUGAACAAGCAUUAUAUCAACAACCGGGUAGUCAAGCUGACUCCAGAGAAGGAUGGUGUGAAAGCUGAUGUCAUUAUGGUGUUCCAGUUCCCUUACGCUGCUCAAGGGUCAGUAAGGGAGAAGAAAAUCCAUAGCCUCUUAAGCCAGAAGCUAAGGAACACAAGAGCCUUGGCAAUAAAUGCCUCAUUGGUUCACGUUAAUGCAAUGAGCUCAUCAACAGGGAAGUUAACUAUCCAAGCAUGUUGUGGUAAACGAGUUGUUCCAUUAAUAGUCAACAGAAUAAUGUCUGGAGACAUUGCGGCCAAGGCUGCCUGGCCUUGGCAAGCAUCCCUUCAGCAUAAUAAUAUACAUCAGUGUGGGGCCACCUUGAUCAGUAAUACAUGGCUUGUCACUGCAGCACACUGUUUUAAGAGGAAUGCAAAUCCAUAUCAAUGGACUGUUAGCUUUGGAACAACAAUCGACCCUCCACUAAUGAAAAGAAAUGUCAAAAGAAUUGUUCUCCAUGAGAGGUAUCACUCCCCAGCAAGAGAAUAUGACAUUGCUGUUGUGCAGUUUUCUCCCAGAGUCACCUUUACUGAUGACGUCCGCCGGGUUUGUUUGCCAGAAGCCUCUGUAUCCAUCCGACCAAAUUCAACUGUCUAUAUCACAGGAUUUGGAGCACUUUACUACGGUGGGGAAUCUCAAAAUGAUCUUCGAGAAGCCAGACUCAAGACCAUAAGUGAUGACAUGUGCAAGCAACCACAUGUAUACGGCAGUGAUAUAAAAUUUGGGAUGAUCUGUGCUGGAUACCUGGAUGGCAUUUAUGAUGCAUGCAGGGGUGAUUCUGGGGGACCAUUAGUUAUAAAGGAUCUUAGAGAUACCUGGUAUCUCAUUGGAAUUGUGAGCUGGGGAGAUAACUGUGGUCAAAAGAACAAACCUGGAGUCUACACAAUGGUGACUUAUUACCGAAACUGGAUUGCUUCAAAAACGGGCCUCUAGAUCACUGUAAAAGUUAACAUUGAGAGCUGUAUGCAGGACAUACAUGUAUGAGAAUCCAAACAUUCAGUGUAGUUUAAUGGCAUGAGAUUAAAUGAGUGGACCUAGCAACACAAGACAUAUGACAUAAUUUAUUUUAGAAUCACUUUAAUCAACCAAUAACCCAUAGCCAACUCAUAAAGGAUUUAAAUUUGUAAAGUAGUGGGCCAAUUUAGCUUGACUUGAAAGAUACAACAGGGAUACUUGACUCUUUAAAUCAUGCAACCUGCAGUAUAAAAGAGGAGCCAUGCAAUUUUUUGAGGAUAAUCUAUGAGAUUUGUCAGGGGCAUCACCCUAAGUGAGUAAGUUUCUAAACUCUCAAAUGAGAGUUCAGGAAAACUUUAUAUAAUCUCCAGAGCACACACAUACUUUUUUUUUUCUUUUUCUCAUUCUUCCAGGUUUUCCAAAGAGCUUUUCCACAACAAACUAAUGUUUUACUUAUAAACUCAUUGGAGAGAUUCUCAUAAAAGAAAAUUACAUCUGGGGAACAAAAUAUUAUGAUAAGUCAAACCAGAGAUCUUAUAAAAUUUUUCUGUUGGU